AUGGCUGUUGAAGAUGCCAGUGAGCGAGAUGUUGCCAUCCGAUGGAAUGGCGCAUUGCAUGGAGUACGAUUAUAUCUCGCAAUAGCAGGACUCGCUCUGCCUCUUUUCCUCACUGGUGUCGAGGCUACUAUUGUAAGCACGUCGCUGGUGACCAUCACAGAUGACCUUCACAAUGCUGGCCAGAGCAGCUGGGUUAUCACCUCAUAUCUGCUUACCUAUACGGGAUUUCUCAUGAUUUGGGCCAGCCUCAGUAAAAUCUUUGGAGUCAAGCCGACUAUCCUCACUGCCGUGACGAUUUUUAUCGCGUUUUCCGCUGGUUGUGCAGGGGCUCAAUCUCUGAGUCAACUGGUCAUCUGCCGCGCAUUUCAAGGCCUAGGUGGUGCUGGUAUCUAUACCUUGACAUUGUUUUCAAUUCUUCGCAUCCUUCCCUACGAACAAUAUGACAGGGCUAGCUCGCUUGCGGGAGGAAUCCUUUCAAUAGGCCUUGUCCUUGGUCCUUUGCUAGGAGGAGCUAUCGCCAAUAAUGGAAAAUGGCGCUGGGUGUUCCUAUUAAACGUUCCAGCAGGUGCACUUGGGUGGUUACUGCUUUUCUUCGUUAUGCCGGCUCAUUUCCCUAACCCAGCACCGGUAGCAAGUGACGAGGCAAUGCCAACCCCCGUUUUGGUAAAGAUGAAGUCUGCUAUUCACCAAGUCGACUUCUUUGGGGCAUUUCUCCUUUUGACUGCAUGCUCAUUUAUCAUUGCAGCUCUCCAGGAGGGCAAUUUCCAGUACCCGUGGGACUCGGGGCUUGUCAUCAGCUUCCUUGUCAUUUCAGGAAUUGCCUGGAUUUCAUUUGUCGGCUGGGAGUGGUUCAUGUGUCGGCGCGACAUCAACAUCAGCCCAAUGUUCCCAUGGCGGCUGACACACAACCGACUUUUCAUGGGCGUGGCACUUGGAUUUUUCACGACUGGUUUGCCGAUGACAGUCUGCAUCAUCAAUAUUCCGCAAAGAUUCCAAAUUGUCAACGGGAGCUCGCCAAUUGGAGCAGGGGUCAAAUUACUGUCGUUUGCGCUGACCUGUUUGGUUGGGAUUAUAUCCUGCUCUGUUUUGGCUGGACGAUUGAAAAUGCCCUUCACUUAUAUUGCACUAAUUGGACUUGUCUUGCAAAUCACAGGACUUUUCCUGUUUUCGGAAAUUGCCUCCACAACCGAACUUUGGCUUGGACAAUUCGGAUAUUUGGUUUUAGCUGGUUUGGGGACAGGUCUUGGAGUAUCCGUAUUCUACAUGGCGACACCACUUGUGGUGGAUAUGGAAGAUCAAUCCAUUGCUUUGGGCAUUGGAAUCCAACUUCGAAUGUUGGGUGGCGUUCUUGGAGUUGCAGCUGCGGCUGCCAUUCUCUCCCAUUAUGUUGAGGGUCGAUUGUCCUCCGUGCUACAAGCUGGUGAACUGGCUGCUUUGCUAAAAUCAACAGAGGCAAUACGAACUUUCUCGCCAGAGGUUCAAAUUCGUGUCCGUGAGGUAUAUGCGGUCGCCUACAGCAUGCAGAUGAAGAUGUGUGGUGGAUUUUCAGCAGCACAGCUGCUUGCCGUGGCAAUGAUCUGGAAGAAAGAUAAUGUCCGAUAUUCAAAGGAGUGA